UUCCGUUUUUAAGGCUAUUGCUUCGACUUGUAGCUAGAGGUGUCUGUUUUUCUUUUCGUUUGAUUGGUCUGAGUUCUGAUGAUGUUGAGUUCUGAUGAUGUUCCCGUAAAAAUAUCGUACAUGAUGGCAAAAGAAGAAAUAAGGUGUUUUUCUUCUCACUUUAAAUUUGUUCCUUCCUGCUCUUGAUGGUGGAACAGACAGAGACACGACUCACAAGCAUUAAUUCACUGUGAGAAGGAGGUGCACUGCCUCUGCCGCUAAACUCCUCCAGCUGGUUGCAGAACGCGACCGAUCUAUCCACGCGACAGCUCUGUGUCUUUCUUGGGGCUACCUUGACCGCGGUUGGGCUCAUUCUACUAGCCUUUUGGGCCUUUUUGUGGGUGCGCAAGCUGUUUGUCCGGAGACGUGCAUUGAGCUUUGCCACAAAUGAUGAUGAACAGGAAACUACUUCUACGCGAGGAUUGACGGAGCUGGGAGUUUAGAUGCUGAUCAGACAACCACGCGCUUGACAGAGGG